AUUAUUAUCAUCUCUGAAUGGACUUGUUUGGUCGCGCGCGCGAAUGCAACAGUCGAGAGCGAGACUUCGCCACCGUCCCGCCCGCAGAAGGACGCAUGCCAGAAGACCUGCUGUGUGCGUGCCGCGGGUGCGGCGGAGUCCUGAGCGAAGUUCCGAGCGAGGCGUCGAGUGGGAUCUCGACGAAGGGGAAGUGCGACGGCGGCGGCGGAGUGUGGCAACGGAGUCCUGCGACGGAGGACCACGAGGGGUGCUGCGGCGAGAGUUGCGCCAGAGCAAUGGAGCUUCACAUUGAAUUUCCCAAGGAAGCAUUGCUGACCAUCUUCUGCUGUUUGCUGCUCGGCUGCAGUGGCGCUGCUAACGCCUACCAAGACUUUGGUGAGGUGGAUGCUCUCAGGUCUCGCGUGGAUGAAUGCUGUGGUCAGAUGCAGGAGAUGAGCCACCAGCUACAAGAGUGCAGGCGUCUCUUGUCGCAGGACCAACACAGCAACAAGAAGAGAAGCGUGAUAGAGAGCCUGGUGGAGGACUUCAACGAGGACGGGGACUGGGGCAGGCUGGCGAGGCGCCUGGAGGCGCAGCUGGAGCCGGGCAGCGCCGAGCGGGCGGAGCUGCAGCAGCUGGGCCCCGCGGAGCAGAGGCCGCUCACCCAGGCCGUGGAUGCCGACCGCGCCGCGCUGCUGCGCCUGCUGCUGCGGCACGGACUGGCCGCCAGCGCGGCCGCCGACGAGCACGAGCGCCAGAGCAUGCUGCACGUGGCCGCGGCGCACGGCAGGCUGCCCGCGGCGCGCCUGCUGCUGGCCCGGGGCGCCGACCUGCACGCCAGGAACAGGUACUCGAACACGCCCCUCGUGGAGGCGGCGGCGGGCAGCCACCUGGCGCUGGUGCGGCUGCUGCUGGCGCGCGGGGCCGACGUGAACAGCGCGGGCGGCGACGGCCGGACCGCGCUGCACGCGGCCACCUUGCACGGCCACCUCGCCGUCGCCGAGUUCCUGGCCGCGGCGGGCGCCGACGUGGACGCGCGGGACCGCUGGGGGCAGACCGCCCUCCACUUGGCCGCCUCCGCGGGGCAGUCGGCCGCCGCGCGGCUGCUGCUGGCGCUGGGCGCCGACCCGGCGGCGCGCGACCGGAGCGGCCUGACGCCGCUGCACCUCGCGGCGUUCGGCGGCCACCUGGAGGCGGCGCGCCGGCUGGUGGGGGCCGGGGCGCCGCCCGACGCCGCCGACCCCACAGGGCAGACCAGCCUGCACAAGGCGGCGGGCGCCGGGCACCUGCCGCUGGUGCGCUUCCUCGUGCAGUCCGGGGCGGACCUGCUGCUGCGCGACCAGGCCAACAGCAGCGCCGUCGACCUCGCGGCCGUGGAGGACCACGCGGCCGUGGUGGAGUUCCUGUCCGGCAGCGCCCCCCGCGCCUGGAUCAUCAUACGAGACGACUAGUUUCUGUAUACUGCAUUCAAGCUAUUACAAGAUCAGAUAACCUCACCGAUGUGCCAACUGAAUCCACCUCGCUCUUCAACGUAACUUUUAUAUUGGCAAAUCGACCUUUCUAUGUCGGCGCCAUGUUUUUUUUAUAGAAAGCAUUUUGAGCAAGCACUCGAACUUCGCUAUAGCACGCCUUCGUUAGUAAACAAUCAACUUUUUUCUUGAUAUACAAAGAUCAUGCAACAAUCGAAUCACAAAAAAUUUUGAUAUUUUUAUUAUUGUUAAUUAGCUACCAAUCGGAAGAAGAAAAAUAUUUUAAGUGCAAUAUUGAAGCUUGAAGAUGAACAUUUUUUAUCAGAUGUUUCUGUGGGAACUUAAUACUACACAAAAAUAAAUGUUUCGUUACUUCGACGAAUGUGAAGAAUUUUUUUGCCUAAAGUUUGCCUCUGCUCUCUCGUAUAUAAACAGGACAAACAUAGUUUGAAUAAGUUAACUAUGUCUAUUAAAACUUUUUUCAAACAUUAUAUUUAUUGUAUCAUUAAGGAUUAAAAACAGGAUGAUGCUCUGUAUUUAGAAUGUGGAUUCAAAAAAAAAAAUCAUGGAAAUAAAUGACGAGAGAAUUCCCUGACCUUAAAAAAAUUACAUAGUAUAUGUUUAGCAUGCCAUAUUGUUUACCACAUUUUGUCUCGAUAGUACGCAAACAUCAAUUAGUACAUAGAACUUGUUUAAAUUUUAUUUUAUAAUUUUUAACAUAGCACUGUUGAGUAAAUCAGGUAUAAGGUUAUGGAGAUGAAAAUAAUAUUAAUAUGUGUCUUGAGGCAAAAAAAUAAAAAAAAGGAUAAACUACGCGUUCUUGUAUUCAUAUCAGUAAAUCAGUAAAUUCAUCGUCAUCCGAGGAAUUAUCGUUGUACUGCAAAUAUACUGAUUUUAUUGGGUCGUCGAUAUGAACUGCGAUUUCCAUAUCUCUAACAAGAAAUCGUUAUAAAACUUAACAAUAUUUUAUUUAUUCAAUGAAAAGCGUGUUAUUCAAGUAUUGAAAAUAAAUAUACCUAAAUCAGAGAAGUAUCUCUUAGAAUAACCGGUGUUAUGAAAAAAAUCUUCAUACGCUUCUGGUAGUUGAUUACCAACGAAACAGGUGCGAGAGAGUAAGAGAUAGGAACAAGUGAAAGGGGAAGAGAGGCGC